AUGGACGAGGAAAUUCAACAACUAGCAAGACCAGCACUUGACACACAAUAUUCAUUUGUGCAUUUUGUUUCUCUCUCGAUUUGCCAUUUACCUUUCGCAGAGAACGAUGAGUUACCCAUGGUUGCUUGCGACCGUUGUUUUGUUUGGCAGCAUAUGGAAUGCACUGAUUACAAGGAGGAAGUAAAUUCAGCAUAUCUUUGUGAACAAUGUGCCCCUAACCAACACUCUUACCUUCAGUUUGGUUUCAAAACUCACAUUGAAUAUGUAAAAGCCAAAAAAAAGGAACCAAGGGAAAUCCAAAAUCACCAAACAGAGCAACAAGACCACCCAAAUGCCAAUAAUACUACAACAAGCACUACUAUUAACAAUAGUCACGGUCACGGUCACAGUCGACGUCGUUCAACUGCCAGGACCCUCUCACAAAAUGACAUUGACUUCUCUUUCGAGUCUUCGUCUCAAACUAGUCGGUCGAAUAGUAGCAAUAGCAACAGCAGCACUACACACAGAAAGUCAUCCUUGAAACAUAAUGACCAUCAAUUAAAUGGAAAUAGCAGUUCGGUAAAAGUACCGAAAAGAAAACAGUCGAAACAACAACAUAGAAUUGUGAGCAGCUCAGAUGUUGAAUUAAUGUCCGAGACUGAAGAGCUACUGGAUAUUAGCGACGCUCAAUCAGAAAUUAAAUUAUCGCCACAUCCAUCAUCAGUAGAAGUCCACCAUAUUAAUGGCGAAUGUAUUCAUGAAGAUCGUGACAAAGAAUCCAAUUUUGAUCCGAUUACUAAACAACAUACAGAAGUUAAAAAGCCUAAACCCAAAAGAUCCAGGUCAGCACUCGCAGUUGAGAACAUGACUGUCGAACAGAUGUUGGAAAGAGUACGACGCAUGGCACAAUACGUCGAAAAAUUUGAGAAUGAACACACUUCUCGUCAAAACAUUAAUGGAUCGGUAAGUGACGAAGAAGAGACUUCUGGAAAUACCAAAAAGAAAUCUCGAGAAACCGUUAGUUCCUCGGCGUUACCUGUUUUGAUAACACCAUCGCCAAGUGACCACACAAUGACACCAGAACCAUAUUUCGUGUCUUCACCUCUCGAUUGUGACGUAACAAUGAAUAGUCCUCCGACUACCGAACACUCACCUGAAAAAGAAGGCACGACUUUGAUUGACCAAUGUGAGGAAUUGAGGAAACGAAUUUGUCGAUUCGAGCAAACUUAUGGCGAUCAGAUACAAGCUGACGAUGAACAAAAAAUAAUAAUAUAA